CUACCUACCCACCUACCUACUCUUACUCCCUGCCCCUUGGCGUAAUCGUCUUACAUCACCUUCGGCAACGAGUUAGACAGGGGACGCCACGCAUCAAGUAACACGCCGCUUCUGGAACAACAUCCAUGGCACAACCAAUCUCGCUCGACUCGACCAAACCUGACCGUGCUUCAUUGCGCGGCUUCUCCCUACAGGUAGACAUUCGCAUCAUGUUUCCUCUUUACGUCCAAGUCAAGAGCCGUCGCCGGUGCCACCGCAGCCAAUCGAUCCUGGGUACGACAAACAGCCCCAUCAAGCAACUGACAUUGAUUAGCGUCGACCGCGGCCGCGACUUGACUCAACCCAAACCUAACACAUCGGCGGCCUUCGAUGGGCCAGCCGCAUCUGGACCGUCGAACGCUUACGCUUGGUUACUGGACGAAUUCGAGGGGCAGGCCAUAGCUAUUCCCUUGAAGACAAGGUUCGAUGCAGUACCUUGGGGACUCGAGAAGGUUUUGUACACGAAGUUAAACCAAGUCGCCAAUCACCGACGAGUUCAUGGUCGACCAGCCAUCGUUGCAAUGGUCAUGGAUGGCAGCAGAUAACGAGCCAACGCCCAGGCCUAUAUCGCGCCGUGCUAAGUUAGGCGCCCCUAGAUCAAAAUGUCGUGGCCACGAGGCCAACCGCCGACAAACCGACCCGGGCCUUCGCCCUAGUUGCCGGCCGGCCGUCCGUUGCCCAACUUCCCCCUCUCUUUCCCUCUUCCGCCAUACAUAUGGAUGCUGCCGCGGUGCAAGCUACUGGCCAGCAAACCGGCCUAUCAUCGAAAUUCGCAGAGC